AUGUCCCAACCGAUCCUCCCGCAGGCCAAUUUGACUGGCCAGGCAAAGCUCGAUGCCGUUACCAGUAUUAUCAACCGACUUGGCGAAGACUUGGAGAAAGCCCAUCUUGAACAACAGCAACGAGAUGCCAUCCUCGAAGAACUCAAGAUCUAUGGGCGCGAUCCCAGAAAUGCUGACCCUAUCUUUACGUCAGAGGGUAUCAAAAUCUUGACGAAGCAUGCCUUUGACGGCUCUUCGGACUCAACCUCAAGGGGUGCUCUGAGAGUCCUGGCGAACGCCAUGCUCCUGAACCCCAACACCCGCCAAAUAUUUGUCAACCUGGGCUAUGAAGAAAAGGCAUGCAAGAAGCUGAAGAAUGACAGCUUCGAUGACGAGUUUCUCGUUUCCAGGGUCCUCUUUCUCACGACCUACAACACCAAUAUUGACAUGGUGGCCCUCAUUCAGAAGCACGGCAUUGCGGAGACAAUUGCGCAGAGGCUGUCGAAGCAUGCCGGGCUGUUGACUGACGGCCAGAGUAAAGCUCCUGUCGACCCAAUGGAAGACAUGGCAAUGAACGAAAUCCUUCGAUUAUUAUUCAACCUAACCAAGUUUUGCCCCUCUGAAGCCCCGGCAUUUGCGGGUGGUAUACCUCAUAUCAUUGCGCUGCUUUGGAAGCAGGACUUCUCCCGCAGUAAACCUCUGGACCCCCCAUUCAACUCUCUCAUCAAUGCACUUCUCAACCUGAAGCUAGAUGAUGAGGGCGUUCGCCCAUUCCUGUACCCCAAGGAUGAGCCCAAGAAGGUAGCCGAGAGACUGAUCCAGCUGUUGGAUGCCUCUCUGCAGGUGUACCCCGAUAGCGAGUUGGAGGUGUUGGUCACGCCUGUCAUUGGGGUCUUGCUUCCGUUGCAUGAGGGCGCCCCAGAUGAGGUGAAGACGUAUAUUCGAGCGUCUCUUCUCCCGAGGGAAGAAGACAGAGAAGAGGUCCUCGGCCGCGGCACUUCUCUCCCCUCGCGGUUGCUGCACAACUCCACCAACCCCAUGACUCCUUCGCUUCGAGAUGCCAUCUCGCACCUCCUCUUCGACAUGUCGGAUAGGGAUGCGUCAAAGUUCGUCGAGAACGUUGGCUACGGGCACGCGUCAGGCUUCCUGUUCCAGAACAACAUCCCCAUGCCCGCAAACGCCGCCGGAGGGUCUGGCGCCGGCGAUGCCCAGCGGCCUGUCAAUCCCAUCACGGGUCAAUUUGUGGAUAUGGAGAAAGACGUCGAACUCCCCGAGAUGACGGAGGAAGAGAAGGAGAGGGAGGCCGAGAGGCUAUUCGUGCUUUUCGAGAGAUUGAAGAAGACGGGAAUCGUGGACAUUCAGAAUCCUGUCGAACAAGCUGUGAGAUCGGGGCGGUUUGACGAGUUGGGAGAAAACAGAGUGGAGGAGCUGGAUUGA